AUGCUGAUAACACGAGUCAGGCCCUCAUGGUUCAUGGCUUCAGCUAUGGCCCUUUGGUCAAUAGUCAGCACCGUGACAGGUUUGACGAAAGACUUUAAGGGCCUGCUUUUGACUCGAUUCUUCCUUGGCAUCACGGAAGCGCCGUUCUACCCCGGCGCUCUGUAUCUGCUAGGAAUCUUCUACACCAGAAAGGAGAUUGCAACACGAAUUUCCAUACUCUUCACAGCUAACAUAUGCGGCACUGCUUUUGCUGGUCUCAUAGCCAUAGGAGUCUUCCAAAUGGACCAGGUGGCUGGCCUAAGCGGAUGGCGAUGGUUGUUCAUACUUCAAGGCAUCAUCAGCUUUAUCGUUUCGGUUUCAUCGGCCUUUCUGUUGCCUGACCAACCUCUCGACACUCGCUGGCUCAGUGAAGAGGAGAGAAAGCUGGCGCAGUCCCGAGUUGCAGCUGAUACAGUCCAACUUCAAGCGAAUACCAGCACUUGGGCCGGUCUUUCUGAAGCCAUUCGGGAUCCGCGUCUUUGGGUUCUGGUGACUAUGCAGCAUUUGCAUCUUAGCGCAUCGGGUUACAAGAACUUCUUCCCAACUAUUGCCGAAACGCUGGGUUUCGGCCGAAACGUAACGCUCGCCUUAACAUGCCCCCCCUACAUCAUCUCCGGUAUUGCAACCAUAUCAUGGGCUGCUAGCUCAGGUCACUUCAACGAACGAGUCUGGCACAUUACCAUUGCCAAAGCUGUCGCGGUUUUUGGCUUCGUGCUAGCUUGUAGUACUUUGAAUGUCGGUGCGAGGUACUUUGCUAUGUGCACCUUUGCAAGCGGUGUCUAUGCAUGUAACUCUAUCAUUCUCGGCUGGGUCUCAAGCACCUGUGGCCAAACGAGGGAGAAGAAAGCAGUUUCCCUCGCCUUGGUUAACACCAUCGCCACCAUCGGUUCUAUUUACACCCCAUAUCUCUGGCCAGAAUCAGACGCACCUCGGUAUACCACGGCUAUGCUGUCCAGCGCUGCAUUCUCCGUGGCAGCCGCGGUCAUGGCCUGGAUUCUGAGAUGGAUGCUGAUGAACGAGAACCGAAGACUACUGCGCACAGGCAACCACACCACGCUUCUGUUUAGCUACUGA